AUGACGGCCAAAAGCCGACGCCAAUCAUGGAUGACUUAUCUUCCCACUCUUCUCGUUGAUUGCGAGUCGGUCAGACCUUCAAUACGUGCAGCAACAUUGGCAUACUAUGCAUCAUGUACAAAUGAUCCGGCCAUUGAGAAAGAGGCGGUUCGAUGGUAUGUCGCGGCCCUCGCUCGUCAAAGACAAUGUUUGUCAAGGCGAUAUGCUGCAAUAGCGGACCAUGGGGCCUCGGAUUCCAUACCAACAGAUCAAGAGAUCUGUACUUCUAUGAUGUUGCUGUAUUUUGAGCUCAUCCAACCAACAGCAACCGCCAGUUGGAUAAAACAUUUCAGUGGCGCCUGCCAACUAAUGGUUUUGCGAAGGCCAGUCAACUGUCGGAGGGGUGUCUCAAGGCUCUUCCUGCAGAGCCUGAGAGUUCUCAAUGUUCGACACUCAAUAAAAUUCCACGCUCUAAGUCCUCUUGCUUCAGCUGAAUGGCUUCAGAGUCACGAGCAAGUGGAUACAGUCGGAGACUCGGAUGAAGUGCUUGAUAUUUUGCUUGCUCUCCCUGCAUAUCUCUCCGGGCGACAACGCGAAAUGAGGGAGGCCUGCAACUCUUCAAGCAGUGUGCCCCGGAUUGUCGCAGAGAAAGCGAGAAUCAUCGACCUCCUCCAUUGGCUCAGCAAAUGUGAAAGUCGAUAUUCGAGCGAACAUGGUCGAGAACACGAAUUGAUGAUCAAUCGUGACCAGUGCGAUCUUGGUAGUGGAGACUUCUGCUAUUUCGAUGUUGGGGCAAUGCUUGAUUCAGCUAUGAUCAUUAUAGCUUACCUGAUACUCUCACAACGUAGCAUCUGGUCACAAGAUGAGCGGAACUCGAUCCAGGAAGAGCAACAUCGGCGAUCGACGACCAUUGUCCUGAAUGCACACCGAACGCUGAAGCUGAACCCGGACGGCCUGAAUCCUGGUACAUGUUUGCAAUUCGUGUUUCCCCUGGAAGUUGUGUCGACUUAUAGCUCUGAUGAACUACAAAGAGAAGCUGCUCAGAACAUCCUUGACGGAAUAGGAUGGGCGAGAUUGUAG